CAACUACUUCUCUCCCAUCAACACACCUCCUCUCUUGUAAACAACACACUCAUCUCCUGCCCUCACUCUCACUCCCACCCCCACCAGCCAAUCCACCAUCAUUUGCGAUACACCACUUGGCGAGCAUAUGAGUGGCCCUUCCACCAUCGCCUAUUCUUUCCCUCAAAGGAAUUCUCAUCCUCCCCACGCCUCGCUCUAACCAACUUCAACUCCAACUUCCACUUCCAACCCACGCCCAACACCACUCCUCGCCUCCUCGCCUCCUCUCAACCCUAGAACCACGAGACGUCGCCUCUUGCGGUUUCUCUCCUCGUCGUGACUUGACCCUGGAUUUUCGUAAAUCCUUCCGAUCAACAACUCCACUUUCAACGAACCAGAACAAUUUGGUCUCGCUUCUCUUACAUGCCGCGCCGGGUGGUACAGCAAGCGCCUUGAAGAUAAAGAUCGCUCAACACGAAGAAGACUGCGCUGUUUUCCGUUCAACAUGACGACCAUCGUCCUUCCUCGGCCGAUUCCCACAGGCCAUACCCGUUCCACUACUCCAACCCUCGUCCUCGAAACCAUCAACACCCCUCCAAGCGAUUACCGUGGUGGAAGGAAUCUCCCCAUAUUUCCCCCAAUCGAAGUCCCCUCGGAUAAGCCAGAUUCUCCUCCUCAAUCGCCUCCCUUUGCUCAGGAAGAACAAGAAUGUUGCUCGCUUCUCUAUCCUCCCAAACCAUAUAAAGAACGUAUUUUGGGAGGUUCAAAGGUGUAUGAGAUCGGCCCUGCGGGAGUUGCGGCUGCUCUCGACCACAAUGCUCGUCAACCGCUGCCUGACCCAUCCCUCGUAUUUCCGUGGUUCCAUGGUCUUCAUCCAAGCAAUCACAUCCAGCAAGCAUUCUUCAUUGCGCGUCGCCGAAACUUGCGGAAGACUCCCAAAUGUUUGCGAGGCAUCACCAUAGUGAAGGCCGGUGGAGACUUGUCCUGUGCGAGACUAAAAGGUGCAAUUGCUCCUGAGGAGUUUCUUAUACAAGGAGCCGAUGGUCCUCCUGCCUUUCGGGAAGUCGAUCCCAAGGAAGGCUUCUCCGUACGCAACUUUCAGAUCCAAGCCGCAAAAUCUGCCAUGGUAUCGGAUAUCAUUGUGUAUGGAGAAGAUUCCGAAGCCAUGAAGCUCGCAAAGGACGUUGCCAUUGCUCAAAAAGCCUGGAGGGACUCACACAAAGAUAAAGGCCAAGAAAUUCCACGAUACAACACGUUUCUAUGCUCGGGAAGAUUCAGUGAUUUUGAAGAAAAACACCCAGAAAUUGUGGCUACCAAUUCUAGGGGUCGCUUGACAGGAAAGGUCAUGGAUUUCUUUCAUCAAGAAAGAAUUGAGAUGUGUUCCAUGACCAAAGCUUCCGAGAUACACCACAAUGUCUGGCUGGGACCAACUCCGGAUCACUCCAUUGACCCAUCUUUACUGGGCGAUGAAGAGGAGAAAUUCGAUAUCAUGAUUGAAUGCAGUGACUUGGGCCAUAUGAAGCCAACAAUUUUGCAAGCCAUUGCGGAAAAUUCCAUUUUCGACAGGCAACCAAUCUAUCUCGACUUUCCAUCAUCUGGAAGCAUUAUGCCCCCAACGUGGUCCCAGGCGGAAGCGGACGGAAUUCUGGAAACAUGCAAAUGGCUUUAUAAUUUGUCCCACGGCAUCGUCCCGGUGGAACCAAACAACAAACCCCCCGACGCAGAAGGGGACUCCCCCAUGACUUUCGAGGCUCCCCCGCCUAUGAAAAUACGGGAGAAGAAGAUCCUGAUACACUGCACUGAUGGUUACACUGAAUCUACGCUCCUUGGACUCGCAUAUUAUACGUAUGCGACCGGAUUACCAGUUCCUACGGCUUGGUUGGACCUCCAUAAGACCAGACACCGUAACUUCUUUGCCUAUCCUUCGGAUGUGGCACUACUUGCGUCAAUUGCACCACGUUUACUUUCCGAAUCACCGGUCAAUUUCGACAAGUCUUUAUCAGAGAUCACGGAACUAGCCAAAGAAGAGCCAGAAUGGAUUAAAAACAUGGAUGGUUCUCUACCUUCUCGGGUAACAGACUACAUGUAUUUGGGUAAUUUGGGUCACGCCAAUAAUCCCGACCUUUUGAAGAAUAUGGGCAUAGGACAAAUUUUGAGUGUAGGAGAGACUGCAACUUGGAAACCAACUCAGUUGGAUGCAUUUGGCAAAGAGAAUGUAAUGAUUGUACACAAGGUGCAGGACAAUGGUGUUGAUCCCCUCACGGGUGAAUUUGAGCGGUGUUUGGAGUUUAUUAGUAUGUUUUUCCUCCCUUCUUCUUACAUACAACGGCUUUGCUAAUAGUCAAAAACAGAAAGGGGAAAGGCCAACGGCACUGCAACGUUGGUGCAUUGUCGAGUUGGCGUAUCACGCUCAGCUACGAUUUGCAUUGCAGAAGUUAUGAGAUCCAUGAGACUUUCUUUCCCUCGUGCAUAUUGCUUUGUGCGCGCAAGACGUUUGAAUGUUAUCAUCCAGCCCCAUCUACGAUUUUCCUACGAACUUCUGAAAUGGGAAGAGAAGCUCCGCAAGGAAACACGACAUGAUGGUAGAUUUAAAAGAGAGCUAGAAUGGCCCCAAAUCGCUCGAGAAAUCGCAGCCAUGAACAAACCUUACUCCAGGUGAUUAACGACUGGUACAUUACUUUUCAUUUUUACAUUCUCGGGAGGACGUUUUUUGAUUACGAUCUUAUGAAUUUUAUACCACCUUCUUUUUCCACGGGAGUAGCAUUCUCUCCCAGUUUACCGGAUUUGGGUUUUUGGCUCUAGUAAUCGGUGGAUUCGUGAGUAAGGAGCGGAUCACGGUUGCAGCCUACAUUGUUCAAACAUGCUUCCCUGUGGUAUUCUUGGGAGGAUUAUGAAGAUGGGCUGGGAUACGGAUAUGGACUCUGUAUAUGUCUGUUCGCAUAUGGGCAAUUGGGGGAUUUGGAACAGAUAUGGGGUUUCUUAUCAGAUUGGGGUUGGGAUUGGGAUCAGGAAGUGAAAGUUCUUUUUUUCUUCUUCUUUUGGUAUUGGGAAUCAGUUCUUUGAUGGAUGAUGGAUGGUAUUUGGGUGGAUGGACAGGAUUGAAUAUGAUGGUUGGUGGGUUGGGACUGGAUGGACUGGGCUAGUACAUAUUUAUACAUGAUACGUUAAGAUGAUAAUGGGAUGGUUUUUGUUUCUUGGGAUUGAGGGAAGCAGGCAGAUUAAAAGCCUGAAUUGAACCCCUUAGCGGAAA